AUGCACUCUCUCUCUCGUUCUCUCUCUCUCGUUUUCUCUCUCUCUCUCUCUCUCUCUCUCUCUCUCUCUCUCUCUCUCUCUCUCUCUCUGUGUGUGAAACUUUCUAUUCGGAAUUCAUCUAUCUGUCUAUCUUUCUUCAUUAACAAUUUAAAUCUGUUCGUAUCUAUCUAUCUAUCUAUCUAUCUGUCUGUCUGUCUGUCUGUCUGUCUGUCUUUUUAUUCGGAAUCUAUCUAUCUAUCUAUCUAUCUAUCUAUCUAUCUAUCUAUCUAUCUAUCUAUCUUCAUUAAAAAUUUAAAUCUAUUCGUAUCUAUCUAUCCUAUGUCUAUACUUAUCUUCAUUAACAAUUUAACACUAAUCCUAUCUAUCUAUCUGUCUAUCUAUCAAUCUAUCUAUCUGUCGGUUUCUAUCGAAUCUAUCUUUAAAUCUAUUUUUAUUUUUAUUUUUUAUCUAUCUACUCUUACACAUUCAUUUAAAUCCAGAUUUAUUUCAUUUUCCGCUCUUUUCCAACCUGUCUCCAAAUUAAUUUUCCAACCUGCUCUUUUAUUCCAACAUAAAAUUCUAUUCGGAAUCUAUCUUCGUUCAAAAUUUAAAUCUAUUCGUAUCUAUCUAUCUAUCUAUCUAUCUCAAUAUGUUCAUAAUUAUAUAUCUCAAUCUCUUCAUUAUCUAUCUCAAUUACUUAUCUAUCUAUCUAUCUAUCUAUCUAUCUAUCUAUCUAUCUUUUUCUCUUUCUUUACCUCAUUAUUUUUCUGCUUAUCUAUCACUGUAGCUCUUUCUCUCCUUCCUCCUCUCUACCCCACUCUCUCUCCCUCCCUCUCUCUCACCCAAUCUCUCUCUUUCUCAUACAUAUCUUUCAUGCAUUUAAUGAUGGACCGGCGCGUCCUAUUCCUAGUGGGUCUCUCCGAGUCCGUAUCCAUAAUCCAUACGCCAAUUGUAGCAAGCAAAUAUUGCAAUAAGCGAUGUUUAAUAGCGUUGAGAAUCAUCUUCUUCUUCUUCUUCUUCUUCUUCUUCUUCUUCUUCUUCUCCGUAGUCUUCUCCGUAGUCUUCUUCUUCUUCUUCUUCUUCUCCGUAGUCUUCUUCUUCUUCUUCUUCUUCUCCGUAGUCUUCUCCGUAGUCUUCUCCGUAGUCUUCUUCUUCUUCUUCUUCGUAGUCUUCUUCUUCUCCGUAGUCUUCUUCUUCUUCGUAGUCUUCUUCUUCUUCUUCUUCUUUUUCUCCGUAGUCUUCUUCUUCGUAGUCUUCUUCGUAGUCUUCUUCUGCUCCGUAGUCUUCUUCUUCUUCUUCUUCUCCGUAGUCUUCUUCUUCUUCUUCUUCUCCGUAGUCUUCUUCUUCUUCUCCGUAGUCUUCUUCUUCUUCUUCUUCGUCUUCUUCGUAGUCUUCUUCUCCGUAGUCUUCUUCUCCGUAGUCUUCUUCUUCUUCUUCUUCGUCUUCUCCGUAGUCUUCUUCUUCUUCUCCGUAGUCUUCUUCUUCUUCUACUUCUUCUUCUUCUUCUUCUCAGUCUUACAUUGUAUUCGACACCACCUUUCCCCCGCAUCGUUGUCUAUAGGACUGGCAGCUCGCGUUUUUGCCAUCAGCUCUGUGCCUGACAUAUGGACCUCGCUUCUCAAGCGGACCUGCCUUAGGAAACAAGGCGCGUUCAACAAUCCGCGAAGCCAAAAACCGGCUCCUUCCAUUAGGACUCGUUCUCGAGUAGAGGAUCAGCGCUAA